UCGCGGACCGUAAUAAUAAAAACAAAUAUUCGAACCAGCAUCAACAACUAAAAAAGACACUACAUACAAACAAUUAUUCUAGGUUGCAGUUUCUGUGGAGAGACGAAGAAGAAGUAGGAAUCCGUGUUAGAUUUAACUAAGAACAAUGGCUGAUCCAGAGUUAGAAGCUAUCAGGCAAAGAAGAAUGCAAGAGCUAAUGGCACAACAUGGCGCUGGAAAUCAACAGAACCCAGAGCAGCAAACUGCACAGGAAGAUGCCAAAAGGGAAGCAGAUGAACGUAGGCAACUAAUGCUUAGUCAGAUAUUGUCUUCUCAAGCACGUGAAAGAAUUGCGCGAAUUGCUUUAGUAAAGCCUGAGAAGGCAAGAGGUGUCGAAGAUGUCAUACUAAGAGCUGCUCAGAUGGGUCAGAUUGCUGAAAAGGUGUCUGAAGAGAGGCUUAUAUCAUUACUGGAACAGAUUAACACUCAGACAACAAAACAGACAAAAGUUACUAUCCAGAGGCGUCGAAGUGUUCUUGAUGACGAUUAUUAAACUACUUUCGGAUCUAUCGUUCAGUUCUCUAUAUUCUGAUGAGGAUUCAAACUUGUUGUCAAACUAUAUAGUCUCUCGAGCUUGCUGAAGUGGGUUUUGUCCAUUUGCUUUAGCUUUAAUGGGGACCAUGUUUCCCUAGUAAUUAUGUUUGAAAGUGAUCAUUUUCCAUACAUAAUAUCUCUGAACUUAUUGGCCUAAUUAUUUUGUUAUUAGCCCUGUUAUAAUUUGUGCACUGAUUCCAACCUGGGGCUUCUGACUGGCAGUUCACAUUUUAUUUUAUUUUAUAUUAUUUGUACAAUGAACCACUAUUAUCAGGUG